CAUUGAGGUUAUGCGCCAUAUUGGCAGUCUCCUCCAUCUCACCAAACGUCGAGCAUGCAUGUCUCAAACCGGUUAUUGAGGAGAUAUCUGUAAAUAUUUACAGUCACCUGCGAGCCGAAAUACAACACUAUGGAGGCCGUCAAAGCAUUUAACAAUGAGUUGUACUCAUUGAACGAGUACAAGCCGCCCAUCUCCAAGGCCAAGAUGACCCAGAUCACCAAGUCUGGAAUCAAGGCUAUAAAAUUCUACAAGCAUGUUGUCCAGAGUGUGGAGAAGUUCAUACAAAAGUGCAAACCAGAAUACAAGGUCCCUGGGCUGUACGUCAUCGACUCGAUUGUCAGACAGUCGCGACACCAGUUUGGCACGGAGAAAGAUGUUUUUGCCCCACGCUUCAGCAAGAAUAUCAUUGCAACGUUCCAGCACCUCUACCGCUGCCCUUCAGAUGAUAAGAGUAAGAUAGUGAGAGUCCUGAACCUGUGGCAAAAGAAUGCGGUCUUCAAGAGUGACAUCAUCCAGCCUCUGUUGGACAUGGCAGCAGGGAUUCCCCCUCCCAGCGUCACACCUGUCAUGCCCAGCAGUGCUGCCCCAGUCAAUAACACUACACCUGGCACCCCAGCUACCCCGGCUACCCCAGCUAACAUAGUCCAGGGUCUGCCUGAUUGGGCUUCCCAGAUUACCAACACAGACACUGUGGCUGCUGUGGCACAGAUCCUACAGAGUCCCCAGGGACAACAGCUGCAGCAGCUGGUACAGAGUCUACAGAUGCAGCAGCAGAAGCCCCAGCCGUCCCUGUUGCAGGCCUUGGAUGCUGGCCUGGUGGUGCAGUUGCAAGCUCUGACAGCUCAACUCACUGCCGCCGCUACUGCCAACAGCCUCAACCCCCUGGAGCAGAGAGUCUCCUCUUUUAAUAAGAAACUUCUGGGUCCUUUUGAUUUUGGGAAUGAUUCUGAACGCAGCGAAGACUCUAAAAAAGACAGCUCAUCAUCUCAACUGCCCAUGGUGUCAGAGCCCAUCAACAGCUCCCUCUUCCAUCAGCUGGCUGAGCAGCUACAACAGCAGAACCUGGAGCAGUUUCAGAAGCAGCUUUUAGAGCACCAGCAACACCAACAAAAGGCAAUGAGCAUAGAAGGGCAGGACUCAAUCUUUGGGCAAGAGAACUCAGUUGCGACUGCUCAGAGCAGCAGCCAGGCACAACUUCCUGAGCCAGAGAACAAGUUGGAUGACUCCAUAGACAACCAACAGCAGGACAUGGAUCUGGACGAGGGCCCUGAUGGCAUGGAGGAGGAGAUCUUUGAGGAAGAGGAGAAGAAGAUUGUGAGCACACGCUCCAGAACACGCUCAAGGUCACGCUCUAGGUCUCCCAAGAGGAGAAGGUCCAGGUCCCGCUCCGGCUCACGUAAACGUAAACACCGCAAGCGGUCACGCUCACGCUCCAGAGACCGCAAGAGGAAGACAUCACGGUCUUACUCAAGUGAAAGACGCGCCCGAGAGCGAGAGAAGGAGCGGCAGAAGAAAGGACUGCCUCCCAUACGAUCCAAGACUCUAAGUGUGUGCAGCACAACUCUGUGGGUGGGCCAGGUGGACAAAAAGGCCACUCAGCAAGACCUCACCAACUUAUUUGAAGAGUAUGGCCAGAUUGAGUCGAUCAAUAUGAUCCCUCCCAGAGGCUGUGCCUACAUCUGUAUGGUCCACAGACAGGAUGCGUACCGUGCCCGCCAGAAGCUCAGCACCGGCUCCUUUAAGAUUGGCUCCAAAAUCAUCAAGAUUGCAUGGGCUCUGAACAAAGGGGUAAAGCAGGAGUACAAGCAGUUUUGGGAUGUGGACCUGGGGGUCACCUACAUACCUUGGGAGAAGGUGAAGCUGGAUGACCUGGAUGGCUUUGCUGAAGGAGGAAUCAUUGACCAGGAGACCGUUAAUGAUGAGUGGGAAGCAGCCAAGAAUUCUGAGCCAGCCAAGGAAGUUACAAGUCAGCCAGGAAGCGCUGAGACUACAGCAGCAUCUAACACCCAGACUGAAACCUACGCUCAACAGGUCACCAUGAUGCCUGUACAGCUGCCAGUGGCCCAGGCUGUUCCCAGUGCAGUAGGUUUGGUGCCUCCUUCCUUCCCUGUCACCAUGGGCAUACCCCCACCAGGCUACGGGCCGCCACCGCCCUUCAUAAGGGCUGGCUUCAAUACCUCACAGCCUCCACCAGGUUUUAUGCAGGCAGCACAGACAGCAGGCAUGGCCUCGGCAACUACUUCUCUCGUGCAGUCUUCAGUGGCAACCAGCCAAGAAGCUGUCAAGGAAUCACCAUUCAGUGCUAUGAUACCCCCGACCAGCACUAUCCCUGGUAGCUUCAUGGCCUCAGCCAUCCCUGGAGCCGGUGUGUUCAACCCAGUGGGAGUCCAAACUCAGCAUGCCACCAAUGAGAAAACAGCACAGUCUGCAGAGGGUAUGGAUGCUGCUGCAGAGCUUACACUGCAAGGCAUGCAGAAUGCAGUCCGCAGUGGGAUGGGUCUCCUUGGCAUGCACCCCACAGCUUCCCUCACCCACCCGCUGCAUCAGUCUGGUCUGGCUGGACAGAGAAUGCCCGGCCUGCUGCCUCUGGAUGUGCGACCUAACCUCCUCCAACCUGGCGUAGCCGCCCGCUUCCCACUCCUCAUGCAGCAGGGCCCCGUCCAGCAGGCUGCUGGCCUCCUCGACAGUGCCCUCCAGGCUCAUGCCCGUGCCAGGGCUCCCUUCUCUCAGCUGGACCCCUUCAACAGGGCCCCCAACCUUACCAAUGAAAAUGUAUCCAAGACGGAAGAUGAGUCUUCUUCUGGGGCUGAUGAGGGCAAAGACCAGGACUACCGCUUCCCGCCAAUGGAAAAGCAGAGCACAGGCCUGCUGAGGACCCCUCCGCCAGAGCACAGGGAGCCCCUUGGAGGUGGUGGUGGAGCAGGAGGUGGUGUAGGAGGCAGGCCUCCCUUGCUCCAGACCCCAGGGACUCAGCCAGCCAGAACUAGCCUAGUGGGACGCCUGCAGGCUCUUGCAGGCUUCACUCCUGAUAAUCGCUGGAACCAGACCAGAGGGGACUUUGAUGAGCGAGAUGGAAUGCGAGGAGGCCUACAGGCCCCAGGUGGUCCAAAAGGCUUCCAGGAGGAGCGCCCCACAACUGGGCAGAACUUCCCCAGCCGCUUUGACAGCCGUCCUGGGACAGCAGGAGGAGCAGGAGGAGCAGCUGGAGUUCCGGGAAAUGCUGGAGCUGUUGGGGGGCCACAGGCCUGGAACCGUAGUGGUGGUGCCACAGCGCCUUUUGACAGUGAACUAAAUCAAGACCUUGAUGACCGAAGACGCUCGUGGGACAGGCAAAGAGACAGAGAUGAAAGAGAUUUUGACUUCAGGAGGGAGAUGAAUGGUAACCGCCACAGCCGAGAGAGAGAGCGGGAGAGGGAGAGAGACAGGGAGCGAGGCCGAGACCGCACCAGAGAGCCUGAACGCGAAAGAGACCGCGACAAAGAGAGAGACCGCGAGAGGGAACGUGAACGUGGGAGCUGGACACCUCUUCUCCCUCUACCUACACCUCUGCUUCCAACUCCACCUCUUAAUCCCAACCUGUCCCUGAACCAAGGCAAACUGCUUGCGCCACUCAAAUUUAACCCCCAGAUACAGCCACGGUUCCAGUCCCCACUGCCUCAAGCACAGGCCAAACCGUCUCUCUUGGGUCUGAAUCAGCCGCUGCCUCAGGUUCAGAUUAAGUCUCCACCUUCAUCACAGAGCCAAGCAGCUGUGCCCGAGCCCCAGUCAGAAACCCCAGCUCCGUCUGAGACACCUCAGGCACAGUCACCACCCUCAGCCCAAUCACCUGACCCAUCAUCUGACAACAAGGGUCAGAGCCAGUUGACUGAGGCUCCCACCGAGGCCGAGUCAUCACCACAAACCCCUUCUCAAACAGAAUCGCCAUUCCAGCUCAUGGCCCAGUCCCCCUCCAAAACCACUUCUUCUCCAGACAGUGAGACCCCAAGCCAGGCCUCACCGCUGGUUGAGGCCUCAUCCCAGGACUCACCUGUGGCCUUCACACAAGCUGCCAGCCCCCCUGAAGAGACGACUCACUCUCUGGAGGAGCAGGAAAGUCCACAGAAGGAUGAGGAGUCGUCACAAGAGAGUGCCUCCUCACCCCAACCCCAGUGGGGCAAUGUACCUGGGAUGGACAAUAACACUGUGGCUGAACCCACACCUGAGGCCUCUCCUGAGCCCUCUCCUGAGCCCGCUCAAGAACCCUCCUCCAAUUCUGUGCUCCCUGAAAGUGAACCAGAGCAGCAGCAGGAGCAGCUUGACUCUCCUAAGGACGUAGACAAUGAACAGAGUGAGCCCAUGGAGGAAGCUGCGAGUCAGCCAGUGGUAGACACUGUCACAGACACUGAGGGGACAUAAUCAUCACUCAGUAGGUAAAAGAUCAUUUUGUAAAGUUGUCUCUUCUUCUCUGUACUCAUGUCAGCAAACCACCACCACCACACGGGAAAUGGCGAAUACUGACUCACAUCAGUUAUUGUCUGAUAACCAAUAACAAAUGAUUUUAUCUUUCACAAAUACCAGUGUACUUAUAUAGAAGGCUCGUUAGCUGAUUUAUUGAUAGAUAAUUUUGUUUGUGUUUUAUUUGCUUUUUCCUUUUUUAAGUUGUAAUGCCACCCCACCCGUUUUAAUUAAUUCAAGCUUGGCGAAUUUUUAUUGAAUUGCCUACCAAAAUGUUUCAAUUGUAUAUGGGGAAAAUGAGCUUUGACCUUCCUAUGGAAGAGAGUAAGAAAUCCUGGCUCUUCAACAAUGGAUUGAAUACAAUACACACAAUACUUGAAAACGGCAGUUGCUGGCCCCAUUUCUGUCUCCUCCUCUUUUAAAAUGCUGCUGCAAGUUCUCAAUGAAUGCUUUUGUGGUGUCCUGCAAUGCUUUCUGUUUCUAGGCAGAACAAAUAGCCUGCAUACAGUGAGACCAGUACAGCUGCUUAUAAUUGGGAAAAAAGGAACAUUUUUAAAAUGAAAACAUGAAAAUGUUGUAUCCCCAAAAUAAAUGUCUGUAAUUUGUUUCCAAUUAUACAGUGAACACAAACAGAAAUUUACAUGCCAGGGGGAAGAAAAAGAAAAUGAACAGAGGGAUGUUCUGAUGUUGGGUACAUAUUGUUUUAGUUUGAAAUAAACAUGCUUUGUCUGUUUGAAACACAUGCUUUAGGACUGUUUUCUGACCCAGGACCAGUGGAAACUAAGACUGCUUUACAGACUCGUACACAUUGUGUGCUGUCACUUCAGUCGAUUUGAUGUUCUCGUAACUCAAGUUGCUGCUUUACCAUCCAUCCACAGAGCACUUUGUUGGAUGCAACCGUGGGACUAGUAGUUUUUAGUUUCUGAUGACUUUCCCUUAAGCUUUUGCUGGGUGACUGUUGAGGAUGGGAUUGUGCCUUUUUGAAUGGAUUUGUUGUUCAUGAUGCUACCCAACACUACUGUGUGAUGUACACCAGACUGUGCGUGCAACUCAGUUUCAGACAGCUCUAUGAACACAAUGCUACCUGCACAGAAUUGACUGGCCUACCGUUUGAAAUGUAGCUGGGCAGUUUGUACAGCACUCACCUUGAGGAGAACAAGUCUAUAUACUCCAUCGUUCUGUGCAUGCAGGCCUGUAGCCAUGUUUUAACCUUCCUGUCUCUCUUGUUCAUUUCAUACUUUCUGUUGAGACAUACUACUAGAAAUCCAUAGUAUGCUGUUCUCUCAGACCAAAUGUCUACUACAGGAGUUGUGAUGUUGAAUAAAAGUUGAAGGUGCAUCAGA